AUGGAAUCUACAGAGACCGUUAGUCAAAAUACAAUUUUAGAAUCUAGAGAUGCUGAGUUCUUUGAGGAUUCAUUCUCUAGGAAACAGAAGAAUGAAAAUACAAACAAUGAGGAUCAAGAUAUUGUUCAAUCAAAUUCUGAGAAUAAUGAGAGUGUUGAACUUAGAAGAAGAAGUACACGUUCAAUUCGCUUCGUAGUGAUCCAAGCAAGGAUGUCUAGGGCCAGCAAUAUUGGAGAAGAUGUCUUGAUUUCAAUCUCAUCUGGAGGAUGGUUUCUGUUUUGCAUGAUUGUUGCGUCUCUCGCAAUGAUCACGGUUGUGAUAUUUGGAUGUGGCGAUGAUCCAGAUAAGCAUCGGAAGCACAGAUCAAGCUUAGGUUAUUUCAAGGGCGGUGGUGCUGGUUGUGGAACCAGCACAGGAGGUGGCGGUGGCUGUAAAGGAGGAGAUGGUGGCGGCGGCGGUGUUGGUGGAGGUGGCGGCUGA